UGCAGGAAGUCUCGUGCUCUCCGGCGGAGCGCGAGCGUUCUCUCGCCGCACCACUAACUUGUCACCAAAGAUGGCGAUUUGCUGAGUGCUCAUGGAUACACACAUUUUUUGGCUUGUCGUUGUCUCACCGGAAAACGCCAACUUUAUAAACAAGUUAACGGCUUUAGCGAGCGACUAUUUCUCCGCCUGAAGCGUCGUCCGCCGCCGCCAUGCAGAUCACGCUGAAAACGCUGCAGCAGCAGACUAUUCAGAUCGAGAUAGACCCCGAACAAACGGUGAAGGCCUUAAAAGAGAAGAUCGAGGCAGAAAGAGGAAAAGAUAACUUUCCUGUCUCUGGUCAGAAACUGAUUUAUGCUGGGAAAAUCCUGCAAGAUGACACGCCCAUUAAAGAUUACAACAUUGAUGAGAAGAAUUUUGUGGUGGUGAUGGUUUCCAAGGCUAAACCCGCAGCUGCCGUCUCGCCUCCGGCCUUGGAAGCCCCCAAGCCCCCUGUGCAGGACUCUGGCUCCACGUCAACAGCUGUCCCGGCUACAACCCCAGCUUCAGACCCGGCCCCGUCCCCGGCAGCUGUCCCCACUCCCUCCGAGGAGGCCAAAGAGGAGCCAAGCGCAGAAGCCACGGAACCACAACCAGCUAGCUCCAGUGGCGCUGGUCAGGGCUUGGAUGCCUCCUCAGCCCUGGUGACCGGAGCCGAGUAUGAGGCCAUGCUCACAGAGAUCAUGUCGAUGGGCUACGAAAGGGAGAGAGUGGUGGCUGCACUACGGGCCAGUUUCAACAACCCCCAUAGAGCUGUGGAGUACCUUCUCACUGGUAUCCCCAGCAGCCCGGUCCAGGAGAGUAAUCCCCCGGCGCAGGCCCCCGCGUCUGGACCCACAGAGGCCCCAUCUUUAGCAGAAGGAGAGAACCCACUUGCAUUCCUGCGGACCCAGCCCCAGUUUCUGCACAUGAGACAGGCCAUCCAGCAGAACCCCACUCUGCUACCAGCUCUCCUCCAGCAACUAGGCCGAGAGAAUCCUCAACUUCUACAGCAAAUCAGUCAGCAUCAGGAGCUGUUCAUCCAGAUGUUGAACGAGCCAGUGGGAGAGGGCGGAGAGGCCGCCGAAGUUGGCGAGUUGGGGCAGCCGGGGGAGGUGGGCGAACCUGUCAACUAUAUCCAGGUUACACCUCAGGAGAAGGAAGCCAUUGAAAGGUUAAAAGCUCUGGGUUUCCCCGAGGCCCUGGUGAUCCAGGCCUACUUUGCCUGCGAGAAGAACGAGAACCUGGCAGCCAACUUUCUCCUCAACCAGGGACUGGAAGAGGACUGAGUGGCGCUGUCUUCCUGCUCCUCCCUCCAGCCCUUCCCCUUUUCAGCUCAGCAUAAAAAGACUGCACCCCCAAUUCAUUGUACAGCUUCCACCUGGGCUCAACCCUACCAGAGGGUAGGAGAGGGGAGAGCCAGCAGGGUGUGGUGGGGGACGGGACAGGGUAGGGUUGAGUUGCGGUGGGGUUACACGCUUAAAAAAAGUACACAAAGAGGAGGUUGUGGGCAGGGAGGUCAGACUCGGAUCAUCGGAGGGUCGAGGUGUGAAAGUGGAGGAAUGACAAAACUCACGUGAAUUCCAAUGGAAUGUGUGGGCUUUGUCUCGGGGAGAUCUAUAAUUUGAUUUUAGACACACGCGUUGUCACAUUAGGGAGGGGGGGGGGUUUGCGACGAGUGCGUGUGUGAGUACAUGUCUGCGUGCCUGUGCAGAUGGAUGCGAUACAGUUGAGCUGAAAAAGUAGUCAAUUUUGCAUUCUCUUAAGUUUGUUAAUGGCGUAGCUGGAAUUGUAUGGAAGCACAUUCUCCUCACUGCGACAUCAUCAGUGUGUAACUGCUUGUAUGUAAGCCUCAUGUACGGACGUCCAAGAGCGGAGUUGGCAGAGAUGGACUGUGCUGCACCUAUGUAUGUGUCUGACAUGAUGUUGCUGGGGUCUAUCAGUCUGUUUGGGAGGGGGAGGGGGGGUAAAGGAAACUAAACUGACAAAGAAGUAUCUGGUUGUUCUGUUCACUUUGUACCCUCACCUGUCCUUCCAUGGUGGCUGCACAGAUGACAGUCCCUGCCUAAAAAUGCUGUGCCUGCCUGUUUAGGUUAAUCAAAUGUGGAACUUUUUUUGUCUGCGAUAGCUUCUGGUGCUAAUUAAAGCUAGCCGUAAACAUCGCCUGUGCCACUUAACAUAUGGUUUAAAACCACCAAACGCAAUGGAAUCUUGAGCAGACGCUGGUUGCCACGGUGACGUACUUUUACAGCCUUAUUCAGUAAAAGCCAUUUUAUCCAACACAUAUUUUUUCUUUUCUUCCCCCUGUUCACCAAAUUGGUUUAUUUGAUCAAGACGGCCCACACGUCAACAGUGUGUCUUUUAGUCUUCCAGCAUUUGACCCCAUGUGGGAAGACAUUUCACAAGUUAACCAAAAUUAUUAAAAAUCCACACUUAAGUU